AUGAGCACGCAGCAACCGGUUGAAGGCGCUAGCGGUGUGGAAGCCGCACAGCAGCAGCCUCCAAAGGCUCCGCGUAAUAAUCAGAACAAUAGUGGGCCCAGGACAUCGAAUCCCAAAAACCCAAGAAAUUCUAAUCAGAAAGCGUACACUGGCAGUCAGACAUCGCACACUGGGACCAACAAUCACAGGUACAACAAGAAUGGUGGCCAUUACAAAGGUAACAGAAGUAACAGCAACAACAACAGCGGGCUGCACGGCGAUAACGGCAUGAACAACGUGCAAUGGGGCUAUCAGUCAUAUAACAUGGCUGCCCAACCGCAGUACUAUCCAUCGUACGGAUACGGGUAUAUGCCAGCAAUGGCAGCGCAAGGCUAUGCUCCUGGAAGUCCAGUGGGACCUGCAGGAUCGCUAUCUCCAGCAGAUGGCGCUUCUGUGACACCUCUGGCUUCGAGCUCAACGCCUCCCGUGUCGAAAAAAAUCGAAAUCACAAACAGAUCUGGCGAACACGUCGAUCUUAAUGCCAUCCACAGUCAGCAUAUUUCUUCUGGAGCACCUCCUAUGGCGGCACCGGAGUCGCCAAAGAAGGAAGUUGUUAAGGCAGCAGAGCCUAUCGCUUCCGAACAGUCCCCAGCUGCUGAACCAGUUCCACCAGUUGAAACCCCUAAGGAGGCAUCUGCCGAUGAGCAAUUGAAAAUGAGUUUUCUCGAACAAGUGCGGCUGAGAAAAGCUAUGCGCGCUCAAAAGAAGACCGAGGAAAGUGCACCAGUUCCAUCUCAACCAGCUCAAGGAUCUCCGGAAGCUGCUUCUGAACCAACUCCCAGCGAAGUGCCCGCUGAAUCAACCGAGAAGGAGGAAGUUGUAUCAGAAGUUGCCCCAGAGACUCAAACUGAAGUAGUAACACAACCUGCUCAAACUGAGGAGGAGACCAAGCCCGAGCCAGUUGAACAGGCGCAGAAGCUGCCUGCAGAAACGGCGAAGCCUCUCACGUUUGCCGAGAAAUUGCGUUUGAAGAACAAAAUUCCACAAAAAAGUGAGAGUACGACAACUGAUGAACCAAAGAGUGCGGCAGCAGAGGAAAUUUCAAAAGUUGAGGAACCUUCAAAGACUGAAGAGGCUGCCAAGGCUGUAGAAAACGUGAAGGGUGAUGGCGAAGAAUCGAAAGCUGAGGUCGAAGAACCAAAAGUUGAGGUCGAAGAGCCUAAAGCUGAGGAUAACGAAGAGUCGAUCGCUGCUGAUGUAAACGUUUCUGAAGAUGCUGAACAGGACAACGCCGAAGCGAAAGGCGAAACUUCGGUUGAUGAGGAGGCGAAAAAUGCGGAGGCUCAAGGUGACGCGGACGUUGACGACGGUAGAAUGACGAUGACCGAACUGCUUCAAAGAUUGCAAGCGAUUGACGCUGUAGAGGACGCCUAUUCUUUCGAAUAUCCUGAGGGAGUCGAAGCUCCUGAUGCUAGACAUAAGAAAGAAACUAUCAAGUACACAUACGGCCCAGCUUUCUUGUUGCAAUUUCAAGACAAGGUGAACAUCCGUCCAGACGCAGAAUGGAAACAAAACGUUGCAUCUAAGAUUGUCAUUCCACCCGGAACUGUAAGACAGGUUGGUAGACCUCGUGGAGACUCUAAAUUUGGCCCUGGCGCUAAUUUCAAGAAGAGUGGUUCUAUGAGAGGAAUGGAAGGCAGAUCCAACUCGAGAAACAAUUCAAAAAGAAAGUCCAAGAGAAUGGGCGAUGAUCGCAAAUCUAACAGAGCAUACACAUCAAGAAAGGAUCGUGAAAAGAUGGCCGAAGAGGAAGCCCAGAGAGUGGAAGAAGAAGUGGCUCCACUUGUUCCUAGUGCCAACAGAUGGGUUCCAAAGUCCAAACAAAAGAAGGCUGAAAAGAAGCUUGCGCCUGACGGUGUCACUGAACUAAUCGAAAAGGAUGAGGCCGAAAGAAAAAUGAAGUCCCUACUGAAUAAAUUGACCCUCGAAAAAUUUGAUCCUAUUUCUGAAGAAAUCAUCAAGAUCGCUGAUCAAUCCAAAUGGGAGACCGAUUGUCUAACUUUGAAGGUUGUUAUUGAGGAGAUUUUCCGCAAAGCGUGUGACGAGCCACAUUGGUCUUCAAUGUAUGCGCAGUUGUGCGGUAAGGUUGUUAAGGACAUGGAUACUGAAAUCCAAGAGGAAGGCGUUGAUGGUAAGACUGGUCCUAAGUUGGUUUUGCAUUACUUGGUUGACAGAUGUCACGCCGAGUUCCAAAAGGGCUGGACCGAUAAACUACCUACGAAGGAGGACGGCUCUCCAUUGGAGCCAGAAAUGAUGUCUGACGAAUAUUACCAGAUGGCUGCUGCCAAGAGAAGAGGUUUGGGUUUGGUGAGAUUGAUUGGUUUCCUAUACCGUUCUCAUCUGUUGACGGCUAAGAUGAUGUUUGAAUGUUUCCGGAGACUAAUGAAGGAUUUGUCUGAUAGCCCCUCAGAGGAAACUUUGGAAUCUGUGCUGGAAUUACUAAGUACCGUAGGCGAACAGUUCGAAGGCGAUCGUAUGACCCAACAAAACGGUGUCCUUGAGGGUGCCACUGUGUUGGAUCAAUUGUUUUAUAUGCUUGACAAGAUCGUUGAAGCCGACGAAAUCUCGAGCAGAAUCAAGUUCAAGUUGAAGGACAUGAUAGAACUAAGGGAAGUCAAGAACUGGAAUAGCAUCAAGAGAGACGAGGGUCCAAAGACCAUUCAACAGAUUCACGAUGAAGAAGCCGCAAAGAAGGCUAUGGAAGAAAGGGAGCGUAGAUACAAGGGCAACUCGAGGUCCAGCUCCAGAAGAACCAACUCCAACAUCAUGAUGGGUACGAGAAGUAACUCCAGAAGGGAACCUGCCCCAGUCUCCAAGGACAGCUUCAUAUCCACGCGCUCUUCCUCUUUGAGACAUGUUCAGAGCGCUGCCAAAGAAGACGCUCCUCAACAAAAAACCUCUGUAAACAUGUUUGAUGCAUUGAUGGGUGCUGAAUCUGAUGACGAUGAAUAA